AACCACUCAAUUCUAUACCACAUCCAUUCUUUCAACUCUUUCAAAUUUUCAAAUCGACCAUGACUCGCAAUCGCAACCUUUUCCUCGCUGCCGCCGGCCUCGUCCUUGCCGGCCGCGUCCAAGCAGGAGUCCAAGCCAUCUGGCCUAUAAUCAACCUGUCGCAAAACAACGUCACCCUCAGCUUCGAUGGAGAAAACGACUGCGUGUACCAAAACAGUGGUGAUUACGCACAUGACGACAUCGACAGCUAUUAUGCAUACUAUCCCAGGGACCCCGACGAUUGGGCAGUAGCCUUCCGCAAAUUCACCAGGGUGUCAGACUUGUCCACCCGUAGCCAGGCUGCCAACGGAAACCACCAGCUUCAUCCUUUCACCCCAGGGAGCACCCCUGAUUUUCUGUCUUUUGAGAUGGAGAUGAAGAACUCGGGUCUCCACUGCUUCGAAAACACAAAGACCCUCGACAUGAAUGUCAAGGUCGGUGGCAAUCCAGUCUACACUUAUCGACUGAACGAUGCGGGAUUAACCCAUUGGCAACUGUACAAGAUCGGCCCGGGAGUGAAUCAAAUGAUCGAUCUUGGAGCUGGUGGUCAUUUCAACUGGGAGCCCCUGACCGCCAUUGCUGCGCUAUUCGAAGGAAAGGAACCCAGUUACUCAAGUCCUCAGGUUGCAUCUUGGGGCUUUACCACUAUCUAUGAUGGUCUCAAUGUCGAUGACCGAUCUGCCUGCAUUCUGGAGAAGGAUAUCCUCGGAGGCACUGACUGCCUGGCUGCCGGUGUUGCUCUGGUUGUUCUCCCAAGUGGCGUCAUCACUGCCCUGCCAUUGCCUGACGGUGGACAUAAUUGGUGAUUUUGGUGGCCUCGGUUAUUGUAUUGUCUCUACAUAGCG